GAGCUGCAACCAGACCCGGCAGUACAACGGUACCUCGAGCAGGAACCUGUGAGCAGCGGUGGGACUUGAAUGCACACGACUUGACCUCGACCACUCCGGACCUCUCACCUACACCCACCUCCCUACUUCAGCUCCAUUCCCUGCUGGCCCCCGACUUCGGCCGCCCUGGGCAGUUUUAUUUCAGCAUCACAGGGACUGGGCGUGUUUGCAUCACUCCACCACCCCCGCCCCCGCCUAGCCGUCAUUCAUUCGGUGCAAGAGCUCGAGAAGACUACACACAUACUCCCCCAUCGGGUUCUGGCGGCCCAGCAUGUUUUCCAAACGCCUAAUCACUCGUUGCUGCAACGCGCCUGUUAUCUCCUCCUCGAAAUCCCUCCUCCGCCCCCUCAGCACCACCCAAUGCCUCCAACGUACCCCCUCCAUGGCCGACAUCCAGCCGGGCACCAUCGCCGAGUUCGACGCGAAGCAACAACGCUUCCGGGCGGAACUCGCGGAGAAAACGAAGAAACAACGCGAAGCCGAACGUGCGUCUGCAUUCAAGUCCACCCCUGCCGCAGCUGAGUCCUCUUCUACCUCCCCCCCUCCCUUGACUUCUGCUUCUGCCAUCUCUUCCGAUGCCGUGCAUGACAACACGCAAGACAUCCAUCAAGGGCUAGGCUCACUUUCCACCGUGUUUACAGGCGACGCGGCGCGCAAGGCAGACGAUGCUGCCAACCCCUCACGGAAACCCGGACGAUUUAGCAGCUUGAUCUACGGCACCGAGGAAGGGCGCGAGAUGGACCGCGAGAUCGAGCGCAGCUUCAGCCAGGUGCUGGCGCGCGGCAAGUACGUGCACAGCAUUGUCUUCCACGAGGUCAAGCCGGAUAAGGUGGAUGAGUACGUGGAGCUGGUGGGGAGCUGGUAUCCGCGCGUUGCGAGCAUGCCGGAGAACAAUGUGCACCUUGUCGGCAGCUGGCGGACGGAGGUUGGAGAUUGUGAUACGUUUGUGCACAUCUGGGAAUACCAGCGCUACGAAGGCUACCAUGCCUCUCUCUACAACAUCCAACACCACCCCGAAUUCAAAGCCUUCGACGCCAAACUCAAGACGCUUAUCAAUCGCAAGGACCUCUCUCUGAUGCAGGAAUUCCGCUUCUGGCCGACCACCCCGCCUCGUCAGUUGGGCGGUGUCUUUGAGCUGCGCUCGUACACGCUGCAGCCGGGCAAUCUGCUGGAGUGGGAGACACAUUGGCAGAAAGGACUGGCGGCACGAAGGGAGGUGAUGGAAGGUGUUGGUGCGUGGUUCGUGCAGAUUGGCGAGCUGAACGUCGUCCACCACCUCUGGCAGUUUGCAGAUCUCGAAGAGCGAAGAGCGCGACGCGAGGAGAGCUGGAGCGUGCCCGGAUGGGGCGAGACGGUGCACAAGACGGUGCCGCUGAUCCAGACGAUGAAGAGCCGCAUCAUGGUACCCCUGCCUUGGAGUCCCAUUGCUUGAGGAGGCAAGUGGAUAAGUUGUAUCGACGGACGAGCAGGCAAGCACGACGUGGCAUUCUUGCAAAGCGAGAGAGACAGGCCGUAUAGACAUGUGCUGCGAGGCUUUUACAUCACAAGAGGAGAAUGAGGCAGACUCGACCUGCACAAGAUGCAUUGCAUCGUGGACACCUGAGGCAGAGUGACUUGCGUAGCAUCAGUUACAGAUCAUUGAAUGAUGCAGAUUCGACCAUCGUAAACCAAUUGCAUGUGUG